CCAAAUAAGGAGAAUGAAGGCGGAGCUGAGAAUAAGGCAGAGGCUGUCCAACCUUUCAAUGGCAAUAAUCCAAUCACUGUCAACUUUGAAUUUGAAGUCCUGCAUACAUUAACCUGUUUACAGUGUGGAGAGGAAGUGACAAAAACGGAACAGUUUCAUGACAUAUCUCUAGAUGUGCCAAAGAGAAAAGAUUUAAUGACGCCCAGAUCACUCCAAGAUGCCUUAAGUUUAUUCUUCAAAAGUGAACAGAUAGAGUACACUUGUGAAAAAUGUGGUCACGGGAAAUCUGAUGUCACUCAUAAAAUCACUCGUCUACCAAGGGUGUUUAUUUUACAUCUAAAGCGCUACAGUUAUAAUUCAGUGUUUUCAAAACAUACCAAGAUGGGACAGAAUGUGUCUGUUUCCUAUGUUCCUUACCAUGCAGAAUCACUGUACAGAGGAAACUCAACCUGCCUUCCCUCACACAUUGAUGGACAUCUCUCAAAGUAAUAACAAGAUAAAUGGAAGUGUGUUGGACGACUCAAAAGAAGAACUUCCCAGUAGAAGAAAAUUGGAGUAUUCAGGGUA